UAACAGCCUUGCUUGCAAUUCGCUUCAACAUUUCGUCGAUUUCAACAAAUUGAUCGGGUCCCUGGGUCGUCAGUGAACGAACGGGAUUUUAAUUGCUUGAAAAUCAACGACUUUUGAAGAUUUUACAACAAUUACGAAUUAUUUUUACUGCUCGUCAACGAAAAGAACAGCAACAUGUCUCAGCAAACCAAAGCGACAAGUGAGUGGGCGAAAGAAUGUGAGACUGGACUCAAUGGCCAGAUCAGACUGGAAUUGUACGCUUCAUACACCUACUUAUCAUUGAGUCACUUCUUUGAUCGCAAUGAUGUUGCGUUGCACAAAAUAUCUGAGUAUUUCAAAGAACAGUCUCACGAAGAGCGUGAACAUGCUGAAAAAAUGAUGAAGUAUCACAACAAACGGGGAGGGAACACAGUCUUCAGUGAUAUCACUGCUCCUCAGCCGCUGAACCUGACAAACUGCAGCAUCAUCAAGGCGAUGCAAGCAGCCUUGGAACUGGAGGAGACUGUGUACCGUAACCUGCUGAAGUUACAUGACACUGCUGAGAACGAUCCCGAGUUCCAAGACUUUAUUGAAGCGAACUUCCUCCACGAGCAAGUUGACGCGAUCCACAAGCUGAAGGGCUACAUCACCAACCUUAAACGUGUCGGAGAAGGCCUGGGUGAAUUCCUGUUCAACAAACAUUUCGAGGAGUAAAAAUUUUACGCGUUCCUCCUGCCCGCACUGCUCACAGUGGGAUAUAAUCAACAUCUAUGGCCAAGUUUGUUCCGUAGAUACUGCACAUGAUGCUUUAUUUAUGUUCAAUCUAGCAUGGUAAAGUUUGAUUAUAUUUCACUGGAUUUUAAAUUCUCAUUAUUGUGAUUCAUAAAGGAUUCUUAUAAUGUUGUGAUGCAACAGUUUGUUUCUUUUUAUAUCUAUCCUAUUACUUUACACCCCCAUCUUUGAAAAAUGAAUAUGGGUAAUCAAGAUGGUCUUCCCUAAAAGAUUCUCCUCCCGCGUUUUAAAUUUUGCGAACUUAUUUUUGAUUGAAUAUUAUUUUCUUGUAUUAGAAUUUCAUUCCCUUCAUUUAUUAGCUUUGCAAUCUAUUGAAAAUCUUUUCACGUAUGACGUAAUAAAGCAGUGUGUGUUAUGUAA